GGACAGCAAGAGCUUCCUCUUCUGUCCACUUCCAUCACCUAGACUACUCGAGUAUCGGCUCUUCCAUCCAUCUGUCCCUCCCUCACCCUUCCAUCCUCAGACCCUCACCCCUUUCCCCUUUAUCUCACGGGUAUUGCCCUCGCAAAUUAUUUAAUAUGGCGGAUGUUGCACGGUCUGCCCUGGACUCCUUUGAGAUAAUAACCACCUCCGGUAUCCUCCUUUGGUCGAAAAAAUACGCUUCGGUAAACCCAAACAUCGUCAAUAGUUUUAUCAGCGAUGUCUUGAUCGAAGAGCGUGUGCAGCCCGGUAGCGAUGGCAAGUGGUAUAAGAAGGAUUCCUACACCCUGAAGUGGACAUCUUCAAACGAUUUUGGGUUAAUUUUCGUUGUGCGCCACCUCCAGAAGACCCUUUUUCCUUGUUGAGCGAGUGCUAAUCUUUCCCUAGGCUGUCUACCAGAGUCUUCUGCAGCUCACAUGGAUUGACGAACUCCUGGACACUGUGAAGAAGCUUUUCACCACUUUGUAUGGGGACCAGCUGAAGAAGCCACAUACUUCAACUAUCGAGUGCCACUUUGAUGGCUAUUUUGAAAGCAGGGUGCGAGAGCUUGAGAAAAAAGCGGGUGGACCUCGCCCAAUCGCACCCGAUGCGGACGGUCGCUCGACUACACCUACUAUUGUUAAGGAGCAGUGGGAUGCGCCUCCACCGCCGCCGCCGAUGCCCAGUAUCAUGAAAUGUGCUUUCACCUUUCUGCCUACCCUUUUUCCCUUUUCCCGCUUCCGAGCUAAUAUUGAAACAGCUCGUCCUAAGCCCAUGACACCAGCUCCCGCGGGGAACCUUGCUGCGCCUGUGGCUCCUGAAAUCGCUCGUCCCGUUUCACCGGCUCCUGGUAGUGGAUCUCACCUGCUGAGUGUUAACAAACGUCCUGUCCGCGGAAGUCGGGGUCGCCGGGGACACACGUCCGCGACUUAUCCAUCGAGCGGUGAAGAGGUAUCGCCUGCUCGUAACGAGAAAGGCAAAAAGUCUGGGAAGAAUGCUAAGAAGAUGCGCCGAUGGGGUGCCGACGGGAACGCCGAAGAAGAGGAUCCAGACACCGUGCUGGACUAUUCGGCUCCUAAUGCAAAUUCUACCGAUGAGGAAGCAGAGCAUGGCCGCGAUAGCACAAGAAAGGUGGAUUACAUUGAUCAGAAGGAGUGGGGCAGUAAGACUUCUAAGGGGGAGUUUGUGUUGAAGGACCUGGAUAUGGAGGUUAGCGCUAUACUGGGGGAGCCCGAUCGGAAGGAUACCGAUGCAGGUGGUUCUGGCAGCGGGCUCGGGGCAUUUAGCUUUUUCCGGAACUUGGUGGGAGGUAAGGUUCUCACCAAGGCUGACCUGGAAAAGCCUUUGGCGGCAAUGCUCGACCAACUUCUUAGGAAGAAUGUUGCCAGAGAGGCAGCCUUACAAGUCUGCGACUCUGUAGAGAAAUCUCUUGUCGGACAGAAGACUGGGUCAUUCCAAUCAAUUGAGGUGCCCGUCAGAGCUGCCCUCGAAGCUGCUCUUCGUAAGAUUCUUACACCUACCAACUCACUCGACCUUCUCCGGGAGAUCCAAACAAAGCGUUCCGGCCGCCGCCCAUACGUCAUUUCCAUUGUUGGCGUUAAUGGUGUCGGCAAAUCUACAAACCUCUCAAAGAUCUGCUUUUUUCUUCUCCAAAACAAGUACAAAGUCUUGGUGGCUGCCUGUGACACUUUCCGUUCCGGUGCCGUGGAGCAACUCCGCGUACACGUGCGCAACCUACAAGAGCUUACAGAGCGUGAGGGGGGUGUUGUCGAACUCUACGAAAAGGGCUACGGGAAAGAUGCCGCUAACAUUGCCAAGGACGCUGUCGCCCAUGGAGAGGCGGAAGGGUACGACGUUGUGCUUAUCGACACAGCUGGAAGAAGACACAAUGAUCAGAGGCUCAUGAGCAGCUUGGAGAAGUUUGCCAAGUUUGCCGAUCCGGAUAAGAUACUCAUGGUCGGAGAGGCGCUCGUGGGAACUGAUUCGGUCCUUCAGGCGAGGAAUUUCAAUGCCGCGUUUGGGAGCGGUAGGUCGCUGGAUGGGUUUAUUAUUAGUAAAUGUGAUACCGUUGGUGAUAUGGUUAGUACCCCCCUCUAUUCUAUCUGCCCGCUGUAAGAUUGGCAUUGCUAGCGUUUUGAUUAACCGCCUAUAGAUUGGAACCCUCAUUAGCAUGGUCUUCGCGACCGGAAUUCCAGUGCUAUUUCUGGGCGUUGGUCAGAAUUAUCAGGACCUAAGGACUCUGAAUAUUUCUUGGGCUGUCAGGUUGCUCAUGUCUUGAGUUUGCCCCUGAGGAAUUUUUCUUCUUCUUCCUGUCAUAGAUGGGACUUUAUGCUGGGUUGUCUCUGAAUGCUGUUAGGAUAUGAAUAUGUUAAUUAUAGUCUCUAUGGGUCCCUUUUCCCCU